GAUCCCUGCCCUGGUUUUCGGGCUCCCAAGACUGGCGUGUCCCGUUUGCUCUGUGCGCUUUGGAAAGACACUGCAAACUCUCGCUUGGCUCCCUACGGCUUCUGCUACGGAGCCCUUUGAUUUUUAGAUCUUGGGCUCAGUACUCAUUUCUCCCCAGGGUGUCCUGAAAUUGAAUUUUUAACUUUAAAUACUGAGCGAUAAUCCUGGCCCAGUAAUUGGAAAAACUGGCAUCAGUUUCCUUCUGCUGCGCAAAGCAAGCCCAAUGCUACUUUCAGCCUGUUACUUGCCAGCUUAAGGAGUUUAUAACCCUCGUAGGUGCUUGAGGUGGUAAUGUGACCUAAAUGAGACCAAACAUCAAGUUGUUAAAUUAGCACAGACAGGAAUCCAGCGGCAAGCUUUCUUUGAAAGACUCAUUAGCAUGUUACCCUGAACUAUGAGACGGCUGAGGGAUUCAUUUCUGAGAAUCCUUCAAGGUUUCUCAACAAGCUGCUGCUGCAGAUCUAUAUUUGACUAUAGGGAUAAAUCCUAAAAUCUAUGCUUGCCAGUAAGGUCAAGGCAGCCAGCGGAGAUAUAUUGAACCACACUGUCAGAGGCAGACAUUUCAGGCCAAACUCAUUCCUGGUGCAGCACUGCUAAUUCCUUUGAAGUAACACGAGGGAUGAAUUUAGUCCUUCAUGUUGAAAGAUAUAUCAAUAGGAAGCAAUUUAGAUUGGGCCACUUAAAGUGCAUGUGAUACAAAAAAGAGAGAGAGACUGCGGAGUAAUGCUUUAAGGGUUCAGAGGUUGAUCUGUAUAAGCUAGUAGGUUGUAGCAUUGCUGUCCCAAGGGAAACUUGGGGGAAUGGAAAUUGCCUUUUAUGGCUGAGCUUCAGGUUAACAGGAGAGAGGAAAGAAGUUUUAGGAUUACUGUGUAAAUCGACCCGUGUUACAGGCUGCCCCUCCAAGUUACAUUUCAGCUAUACAAUGGCACAUCACCUGACUCUCUUCCCCAGUUACCUGGGAACACAGCCUUCAUCCGCUUUCUCUUUUGCACACAAUGCAUGCACCAAAUAACGACAUUGUGUGCUGAGUUCUGACAUUGUAGUUGGGAAGGCAGAAAAAUCGGUAAUUCAGUUGUAAAAUCUUGUUGAAUAGUUCUUUAAAAACUUGAGAAUGGGAGAGGGUGUCCAUGAAAUGACUUUUCACUGAGAAGUCAUUUGAAUUGCUAGGCCCUGAAAGGGCUCAUAGCAGGGAGAAUGUAUUAACUUCUGUAGCUGUUAAUGAUCCUUAUUAAAUAUUUCUGUAGCUUUGGAGUUGCCUAGUGAUAGGCUGCUAAUCUUGUCCAGAAGAGAGUUGUUUGCCUGUUGUAAAUUGAAAAUGAAUAUUUCAUUAUUUUCUAAUGGGUGGGAGGUGUAUCAAUGGAAGAUUUGGUCAUUCAGCUAUUGCAGCCGCCUGUCCCUGGGGAUCGGUCUCACCUGGUGUCUCUCUUGGCAUUUCAGAGUAGCUGCUGGAAGGCCGCCCUGCCGUAGCCGCUGACGCUAUGGAAGACCGAAUCCGCUGCUCUCGGCUGUAGGAUGGUAGCGCACAGCAAGGUGUCAGCAGAUAAUGCACUUGGAGCAGACCCUAGACGGCUUCUUGACCCUCCGGCACGGGAUCGCUCGCAGGCACGAGGCUUCCAGGGCCCCGGCCGGCCUGGCACUGUGCAGGCACAGGGCAACACACACUUCCGAACCUUUCGCUCCCAAGCGGAUUUCAGUAGCAUCACUCGAGCCAGCAGCCUGCUGGAUGCCUGUGGCUUCUAUUGGGGGCCUCUGACUGUCAGUGCUGCCCACGAGAAGCUUAAGUCUGAGCCCGAGGGCACCUUCCUCAUCAGGGACAGCACACAAAAGAAUUGCUUCUUUGCCAUCAGUGUCAAGACUGCGACUGGGCCCACCAGUAUCCGGAUUAACUUUCAGACCGGGCGCUUCAGCCUGGAUGGCAGCAAAGAGACUUUUGACUGUCUUUUUAAACUGCUGGAACAUUACCUAAGCUCCCCGAGGAAGGUACUGGUUACCCCGCUUCGCAAGGUCCGGGUGCAACCACUGCAGGAGCUCUGCCGGAAAAGCAUCGUGAAGACUUUUGGAAGAGAGAACUUAAAUCAGAUCCCACUCAAUCCUGUUUUAAAGGACUAUCUGAAAUCCUUCCCAUUUCAGAUAUAACUGCAGCAUUAACUGUAUAGGGACACAUUAGACAUGUGUAACGAAAUCCAGCUUCCUGGGUUUUUAAAUAUGUUUGACAGUGAGCAAACUUAUUUUUGUAGCAAUUUACUGUAUUUUGAGAUAGAACCUGAACACUUGACUUCUUAUGUUUACAUAAACUGUUUGCACAAACCUGGGGUUUUAAAACCCUGGCAUAAUUUUUCUGCCAAGCAGAAUAUUUUACUAUUUUAUAAUAUUUUUAAUUAUAUUAACAUAAUAAACUUUAUUGUCACAGUUUUUA